UCUUUGUGUUCAUGUCGGACAUGAUGCUGCCCCAGCAGACUGCAGCAUAAAGAGUACACUGGCCACCACUGACUGAUAAAACAUGUGCAGCGUUUCACUGCAGACGUCAAAGGACCUGAGCCUCCUGAAGAAAAAGAUCCGGCUCUGCCCCUUCAGGUAAAUGGCAUCCGUGUUCAGGGACCAGUACAUGAGUUCUGUACUGACAUCCAGAUAUUUAAGUCCUUCAGUUACUGUUUGUAGCCUUUUCCUUGUAGAGUCAUGGAGUGUUGUGUCUUUUAUCCUCUUUACAGCAUUAAUGUAAACAAAUGUAGCCUACAAUUUGGGCCCCUUUAAGGAUCUGGGACCCUCAGACGGUGGCCCACUUGCCUAUACAGCCUUAUGGCAGGAACCUGAGAAUAUGACUCAGAUAAUCUCUUCUGAAAAACAUUCAACCAGACUCAAAGGAGGAAAGACAAAUGUUUUUCUUACAUUCGUUUCUUUCUCCAAAGCCACAUCCAAACUGUAAUAAAACACCCUCGCUCUCACUGGGAGGUUUGAGGAUUGAGAUUGAUCCAUAUUGACCGGGACUUUCCUCAGCCACACGGCUCUGUCUGCUGGUAUGAGAGGUGAAUUGCAUGACGCACGUAGCCCGGAGGACUGAUGCCCAUGUGUGGACGGGUCCAUCGUUUGUAAACACCAAAUGAAGCCGAGACACUGACGAAAUCUUGGAAAAUUUACAUCAGUGUUUGUUUUGUUCUUUGUAAACAGCAAAACCUCAUUCAGCAUCCUUACUGUGCACCGCGCUAAUAUUAUACAACCGUGUACGGUCGCGCGUAAAAUGGUUCGCUCUGGCUGCAGCCCGCUGCCUAUAAGCUGCUGCAAAGCUCUUUAAGUCCCUCAGUUUUAUCUCUGACUCAUGGCAAAGAUGAACUACGGAGACCGCUACACCUCGUCAUCCUACCGGAAGAUUUUCGGGGAUUCUCCCAGGUUCCCCGACUCCUCCACUCGCAUUAGCGGCACCUCCUCUCGGUUCUCCUCGGGGUUCAGGUCCAUGGCUGCGUCCCGCAACAGCGCGUCCUCCCUCAGCUUGUACAGACGGACCGGACGGUCCUCCACCUCCUUCUCUCCGGUGCCGACCGACUCCCUGGACCUGACCCAGACCUCCGUUGUCAACAAUGAAUUCAAAGUCAUCAGAACUAACGAGAAGGAGCAGCUGCAGGGUCUGAACGACCGCUUCGCCAUGUUCAUCGACAAAGUGCGGAACCUGGAGCAGCAGAACAAAGUGUUGGAGUCGGAGCUGGUGACCCUGAGGCAGAAGCAAAGCGAGCCGUCCCGCAUCACUCACCUCUACCAGCAGGAGAUGAGGGACCUGCGGUCACAGCUGGACGAGCUGAGCAGGGACAAGAAUCGCAUUCUGAUCGAGAGGAACAACAUGGAGGACGAGCUGCAGAAGCUCAGUGUGAAGUAUGAGGAGGAGUCGAGGGCAAGGGAGGAAGCUGAACACACUUUGAAGUCUUUCAGGAAGGACGUGGACGACGCCGCAGCUGUCCGCCUGGACCUUGAGCGCCGGCUGGAGUCGCUGAUGGAUGAAAUCUCCUUCCUGAAGAAGGUCCACGACGAGGAGAUGCAGGAGCUGAGCAGCUUGAUGGAAGCACAGCAGGUCUCCGUGGAGGUUGAGCUCGCCAAACCGGACCUCACCUCAGCUCUGAAGGAGAUCCGCAACCAGUAUGAGUCCAUCGCCUCCAAAAACCUGCAGUCGGCCGAGGAGUGGUACAAGGGCAAGUUUGCCAGCCUCAGCGAGCAGGCAACCAGGAGCAAUGAGGCCAUGAGGGCCAGCAGGGAGGAGAUCAAUGAGUUCAGGAGGCAGCUGCAGUCCAAGACCAUCGAGAUGGAGACUCUGAGGGGCACCAACGAGUCUCUGGAGAGGCAGAUCACAGAGAUGGAGGAUGCACACAACACUGAAGUCACAGCACUGCAGGACACUAUUGGCCACCUGGAUACUGAGCUGAGGAACAUGAAGGGUGAGAUGGCCCAGCACCUGAGAGAGUACCAGGACCUGCUCAACGUCAAGAUGGCCCUGGACAUAGAGAUCGCUGCCUACAGGAAACUGCUGGAGGGCGAGGAGACUCACUUUAAUUCAGGGAUGUCUUUCAGUGCUGCCAGCUACAGCUUCCAGCCCCGAGCCUCAGCCAGCUCCUCCAGGAGCAGCCAGAGGGAGAAAGACGGAGCCAAGAAGGAGAGCUUCAAGGAGAUGAGUGAGGAUAAAGAUGAGGCGGACAUCAACUCCAACAACUGAAGACAUACACACAGGGCUAUCUGGAAAGAGAUAUACUGCACGUGUAGUGAGUUCAUAGUAAGGUACUGUAUUUGUUAAAGACAAUAAUACAAGUGUUUUGCAAUUAGAGCUGAAAGUCGGUAUUUUGGUGAUAAUAUCUGGUAGUACAUAAUUUGACAUUUUUCCUUUGGAACAGGUCUCAGUAUUAAGAUGAUUUUUGGACUUUAUUGAAAUAAAAAGAGGGUUGUCGCUACUAUAAAGUUGUAAAACUUCAACAUUAAACAAAGUUAGCCAACCUGGAAAUCUAUAUCAAGUGUACUGUACAGUAACAGAUAUGUGACCAAGCACUGUUCCUGGAUGAAUUUGCAUCUGUGUAAAAUUGCACUGAAACCUGUGUUCCAGGUGAGAAAAAAAAAGAGAGCUUGCCCACACAGACUUUCAUAAGAGAAAGACACAAAUGUUAGUGUAGUGCCACCUGUCUGUUGUUGUCAAUGAACGUUGAGUUUAAAGCACUUUGGGCACAUAGUGUAUGUGGAUGAUGUCAGUGUCUGCUGGCUUUUUGGUUGCACUGUUGCAGACAUUAUGAAAUGUAGAUUACCCCACUAACAUGAUCAGUGUUGCAGUACAGUAUUCUGUACUGGAAAACCUUAUAGUGACAGAAAGAAUAGCUAGCAUGGAUUAUUACAAUGUGCUUCAGUAUUGAAAAUAUUCAACGCAUCAAACAGUACAUGUAGUCCAACUGUCCAAUGUGUACACCUACUGGAAAUUUCAAUUGCGCUGAAUAAUGCAUUGAAUAAAACGACAUGACUGACAAACUGGUCUCCAUGUUUCUUUAUCCAAGUCAGCAUAUUCACAAAUACACGAGGAUGAUCAUCCAUUCUGCCUCCACUUAGAUGUCAGCCUCCACUAGUUCAGACCACACAGAGAAAGAGCCUCAGCUCAUUAUAUUUUAAUGAUUUAAUACCCAUAAUUCUACUGUUUUCUCCACCCAAUUCUUAGGAUUUGCAAAACUUUGAGUUUUUCCCAUCAUUCUAUAGAUGUGGUUAGUGACUCACUCAGUCACCUUUAAAAUGAAGAACUAAUUCAGCAUAGAAAGAUCUAAAUACUACAUGUACUACAUACUAAAUAAUACAUGCUGGUAGACUUUUAUCAAAGGAAG